GAUUUGUCACAUUUCCUCCUGUUUUCUCUUGGGAAACACUCCAAUCCUAUUAAAGCCCCGAGAGGAGGCCUCGUUCGGUGUAAACCCCCUGCGGGGCGGAUACAGGACCCUCUGCCUCCUCUCCCUCCGUGCAGUCCCGGGUCGGCCAUCUCCAGAGGAGGCCGGGCCCUGCCCUCCGUGUGGGGGAGCUUGCUGCCUGCCGCCCGGUCCCCCGCCUCAGGGGCCCUUGUCCCUGUCACCCUCCUCUCUCCCUGCUUUUCUUUCCUCUGUCCUUCGCCUCCCUCCUAAGCAGUGACCAUUUCCUGCAGGCCCGGACGCGGCCCUCGGGCCCCAGGGAAGACCAUGCACUGCGGCUGCGGGGCCCAGGGCGUCCCUGCCUUUGCGGGCAGCCCCUGGGUCUCAGGCUGGGCCUUCCCCGACUGGGCCUACAAAGCGGAGUCGUCCCCCGGCUCCCGGCAGAUCCAGCUCUGGCACUUCAUCCUGGAGCUGCUGCAGAAGGAGGAGUUCCGCCAUGUCAUCGCCUGGCAGCAGGGCGAGUACGGCGAGUUUGUCAUCAAGGACCCCGACGAGGUGGCCCGCCUCUGGGGCCGCAGGAAGUGCAAGCCACAGAUGAACUACGACAAGCUGAGCCGGGCCCUCAGAUAUUACUACAAUAAGAGGAUCCUGCACAAGACCAAAGGCAAAAGGUUCACGUACAAGUUCAACUUCAGCAAGCUGAUUGUCGUCAGCUACCCUCUGUGGGAGGUGCGGGCACCGCCUCACCCCCUGCUGCUGGGGGCCCCUGCGCUGUUCCGGCCAGCCCUGGUGCCCACGGGCGUGCCCAGUGAGCUCCGGCACAGUGCGCUGCUCGCCCAGCGGGCCACGGCAGAGCAGCUGACUGGGCAGCGGACCCCCCAAGGGCCGCCAGAGGUCUCUGAGGAUAAGAAGGGGAGCAGCAGCGCCCCCUACCGCCUUGGGUCUCUCCCAGCCCCCUGCCAGCUUGGCCCUUGCUGCCUUCUGGGGAGGCCCCGAGAGGAGCUGCCCGGUCUGGCCUCCUUGGCCCCUCCCCUCCUGCCCUCCCUCCCUCCCGACUGGACCCGCCUCUCAGGGCCCUUCCUGCCCCCUGUCCCCCCAGAGCGGCUGUUCCCGGGGAGCUCCAAGCCAGACACCCUGCUCCCCGGACUCGGCUGCCCCCCAGCGCCCCACCACUUUCCGGGGCUCCCCCUGUUGGCUGGGCUGGGACAGGGGGCUGGCGAGAGGCUCCGGCUCUUGUCCCUGAGGCCCCAGGGGCUGGAGGGAAAGCCCUAUCCCGUGGUGGGGGAGAAGGGACACCUAGACCCCAGGCAGAGCUUCUCCUCGGUGAUACACAGACCCAAAACUGGGGACGAAGGCCCAGUGUCCCCCCAUCUGGAGAACGUCAAAGCGGUGUGGCCCCUGGAUCCUCCUUAA